GAAGAGAUGAGACCGACCGCCUCACUCGCCACAGCAGUCAUCCUGUCUAUUCUGAUUCUUUUUUCAGCUCGCGUUAUCGAAUCCGCCGGAAAAAGUGGCAGCGAUCGUAGCCAGAGCUUGAAUUCGGAAUGGCGAAUUCUUACGAAGCAAAAUUUUUCCUCUGAGAUUCGCCUUCAUCCCCAAAUCCUUCUCAUGGUCACCAUCCCAUGGUCUGGUGAGGCACUAUCUUUGAUGAAGCAGUUGGAAAAAUUGGUUGCUAAUCAACCGGGAAAACUAGGCAAUUUAAGGUUAAUGGUUGUUUACAAAAAUUCUCAGAAGAUGCUAGCAGACGUGCUUGGAGCUGCUGAUGACAUAACAUUGUAUUAUUAUCACCAUUCCACUUCAUACAAGUACCAUGGGAGAUAAAUCAGUUCUUCUAAUUGAGUUAUGUGGAUGGUCAAGCAAACUGUUGCAUAAGAAAAGUAUUAAGAACCUUAUUUCUACCCGGAUGGAUUACGCAG